AAAAAUUAAUGAAUAAAUUGUGGAGUGCCGCACAAAUACUUAUGUGGAGUGUAUGUCCGGGACAACUAUGUAAAAGCUCUUUCAAAUCCCUCUGCAUGAAGAAAUGAAGGAAAUGAAAUGAAAGAGCUGAAGCUCAAUCAUGCCAUUGACAUCAAAUUCCUAUUCACAGCUCAACAAUAUAUCCACAAAAAUCCUCCAUCUCUUGAACAAAUCCAGCAUUUCACCUUCUCAAAUCUCCCAAAUCCAAGCUCAAAUCAUCCACCACAAACUCCAUUUCAACACCACCAUAGCCCAUAACUUCAUCUCUGUAUCCAAAUCGUUAGGUCUCUUAAACUCUGCUUUCACCCUUUACACUAAACUCAUCAAGAAACCCCACAUCUUCAUUUGCAACAAACUGAUUCAAGAAUGUUCACAUUCCGAAAUCCCAGUUCUGAAACAGAAUUCGAUUUCCAUGUACGCCUAUAUGCAUAAAGAAGGUAUUUUUCCGAACAAUUACACAUACCCUUUUGUUCUAAAGUCUUUCUCUGACCUUAAGAAGUUAAAAUUAGGCCAAUCUGUUCAUACCCAUGUUGUGAAAUGGGGUUAUGUUUGUGAUAUUUAUGUGCAGAAUUCGUUGUUGAAUUUGUAUGCUUCUUGUGAUGAAAUUGGGUUUUGUCAGCAACUGUUUGAUGAAAUGCCUCAGAGAGAUGUUGUUUCGUGGACGGUUUUGAUUAUGGGUUAUAGAGAUUGUGGGAAGUUUGGUGAUGCGCUUGUUGUGUUUGAGAAAAUGAGAGAUUCCGGUGUGGCGCCUAAUCGGGUGACGAUGGUGAAUGCAUUGUCUGCUUGUGCUAAUUGUGGUGGUUUAGAUAUGGGGGUGUUGAUACAUGAUGAAAUAAGGAGGAAUGGAUGGGAAAUGGAUGUGAUUUUAGGUACUUCAUUGAUAGAUAUGUAUGGGAAGUGUGGGAAAAUCGAAUACGGUUUUUGGAUAUUUCAAGAAAUGAAACACAGGAAUGUGUAUACUUGGAAUGCUGUGAUCAGGGGGUUGGCGUUGACUAAAAGCGGAGAGGAGACAAUGCGAUGGUUCUUCAUUAUGGAGCGCGAAAAUGUCAAACCUGAUGAAGUGACUUUAGUAGCCGUGCUUUGUGCUUGUGCGUAUUCUGGGAUGGUUGAACAGGGCAGAGAAAUCUUUUCUUGGUUGAUGAGUGGGAAGUAUGGAUUUCCACCUGGUGUGAAACACUAUGCGUGUAUGGUUAAUCUAUUUGCACGUUCAGGUCAUUUAGAAGACGCGUUAAGGAUGAUCAAAGAGAUGCCGGUAGAACCUACAAAAAGUGUUUGGGGGGCAUUGCUUGCUGGCUGCAGAUUUCAUGGGGAUCAAGAAUUGAGCGAGUUUGCAGCUUGGAAACUUAUAGGAUUGGCGCCAAGAAACUCAGCCUAUUACGUCGUGUUGGCUAAUUUAUAUGGUGAAAUGGGAAGGUGGAACGAUACGGAGAAAAUUCGAGCGUUGAUGAAAGAGAGGGAACUAUCAAAGGACUUGGGUAGUAGUUCAGUUGAACUUGAGGAUCAAAAGGAUCUACUAGAGUUGUUAAGGUGACAGACAAGAAGUAAAUUUUGGUGAUGUUUCAAAGAAGUUAAAAAGGAUCAAAGUUUGUUGUGCUCCUCAGUGGUGUUCAAAUGUCAAAAUACUUUUCAUUUGCAAAAGAGGGAAGUUGAUGUGUUCAUUGGACUCCUGUUUGAUCAUUCCUACCAUGAUUUUGUGGUGACCAAGCAUCAAUGAGACAUGUAAUACAUAAAUAGACACUCAAAUUUAGUAGGUUAACACAUCAACUUUGAGUAUGCAGGUCUAGACACCUCAGUUUGUGUCAGUAAAACACUUUAACUUACAAAAUAAUUAUUUAGACACCUUCAAUAUUUAUGUGCCACGACAACAUCAAUUGGAGUGUUUAAUUGCCAGUUAAGGUGUCUAGAUAUUGUGCACUCUCAAAGUUGCCAAAUUUGUGUUUUAUGCCUAAGAAAUUUAGGGCUACAAAUGUAGUUAGAACUCUCCACCUCAACUGUGAAAGUUAGGGGGCUCAUCAAGCGAGUUAGCCCUCCACCCGACAUAGAGGGCAACUUACUAUUUUGUUGAACAAGUUGCAUCUAUACGUACCACUUGC